AUGGCAAACAAAUUAAACCCUAAUCAAAGUGUACCAAUUAAAUUGGUGAUUGUAGGAGAUGGUACUGUUGGUAAAACUUGUAUGUUAAUAUCAUUUACAAGUAAUACAUUUCCUGAAGAAUAUGUUCCAACAGUCUUUGAUAAUUAUACGUCAAACAUAAUUGUUGAUAAUGUGAAAGUCUCAUUAGGUUUAUGGGAUACAGCUGGUCAAGAAGAUUAUGAUCGACUUCGACCAUUAUCAUAUCCACAAACCGAUGUAUUUGUCGUGUGUUUUAGUGUAAUUAGCCCAACAUCAUUUACAAAUAUAACCAAUAAAUGGAUGCCAGAAAUUCGACAUCAUUGUCCAGACAAACCAGUUAUUCUAUGUGGAACAAAAGUGGAUUUACGUGAAGAUAGAGAGUUUCUUAAUCAAUUACAAAAGCAAAAUAUUCAACCAAUUAAGCGUGAACAAGGACAGCGAUUAUGUAAAAAAAUGCGAGCUUUUAAAUAUGCUGAAUGUUCGGCAUUAACACAAAAAGGUCUUAAACAAGUUUUUGAUGAUGCUGUUCGUGCCGUCUUAUCACCUAAAUCAAAUAAAAUAUCGAAAUCCUCAUGUAUUUUUCUUUGA